UUGCUGCUAGAGGAUUAAUCGGUCCCGUCUUCACACCGGACAUUCUAAAUCGCCUUAAGCUUUUGUUUACAAGUUUCACGGUUAAAUUGAGACGGUUUUUGAUGUCGUCUAUAAAUGUAACGAACAUCAAACGAUAUUGUCAAGGGUUAUGGCAUUUUAAGUGAAUGUAAAUUUUUCAUCAAUCGAAAUCCAUUGAUAAGACUUCUCUGCACUGAUAACAACUAAUCAACCCGAUGAUAAAGUAUCAUUCGACUGAUAAACCAUUCGGUUCGAUUCCGUAUGGAACUACAGUUCUAUUGGAAUCGUCAAUCGGUUUGAACACACAAUAAUGUCUGCACCGGCUAUCCGACCUCUGAAUUCAAGUCUACAGACAAUCGCUCGUGAGCAGCUGUAUGAAGAAUCGGAUAAAAUUCACGAAAAUUUGGGCAUUUUGAAGGAAUGGAUCAGAAAAUCUUCACAUCUCCGCGCCAGAACGGACGAUCAGUUCCUCAUCUCGUUCCUACGCGGUUGUAAAUUCAGUAUGGAAAUGACCAAAAAGAAACUGGACAUGUUUUACACACUGCGCACACACAUACCGGAAAUGCUGGCUGACCGGGAUCCACUCGACGACAAGUUACAUCGGAUAAUAAAACUUGGAGUCGGACUACCGCUUCCAAAUACCGAGGGUCCUGGUACACCGCGACUUAUGCUGAUGCGGCCAGGUGUUUACAAUGCAAACGAAUUCACGAUGCCAGAAGUGAUGAAAGUGACGAUGAUGAUCAAUGAUAUAACGAUGAUUGAAGACGAUAACACGGUAGUAGCUGGCCAAAUUGGCAUUUGUGAUUUGAAGAAUGUUACGAUGGCACAUUUCAUACAAAUGCAACCGAGUCUAAUGAAGAAGAUGUCGAUGAUGUGGCAAGACGGGAUGCCGAUACGACAGAAAGGAGUCCAUUACAUCAACGCACCCAGUUCGUUCGAGAAAAUUUUCAAUAUUUUCAAAUCGUUCCUGAACGACAAAAUGAAAUCGAGGCUUUUUAUCCACUCGUCCAUGGACUCUCUCUAUAAAGUUGUGCCCCGAAAACUUAUGCCAGCAGAAUACGAAGGCGAGGGACCACCACUGCAAGAAAUAACCGACGACUGGGAGAAGAAAAUUCUGUCGUAUCGUGAUUAUCUAGUAGACGACAGCAAACUGUACGGUGUGGAUGAAAAAAAGAGAGUUGGAACGCCGAAAAAUCCUAGCUCACUCUUCGGGCUUGACGGGACAUUUCGUCAACUCGAUUUCGAUUGAAUGUUGAUGAUGAUGAUGAUGAUGUGUUCGACGAGAAACACGUUGUUUUGCAAUGAAUUUUUGUCGAAUUCGAAAAAGGCAAUAAAAUUCUAUCGGAACUGAUAAGAGAAGGUGUCACGAUAGAUUUA